AUGGCGCGCAUGGUGCAGUGUCCGCGCUGCCGCGCCGUGCUGCAAGAGCCGCCGCCGGGCAACCCGUUUUACAAAUGCGGCAGCUGCAUGACCGUCCUGCAGGGUAACGCGCUCCUCACCCCCACUUCUUCCCUCCCUCCUCUCCCCCCUUCUUCCCUCCCUCCUCUCCCCCCUUCUUCCCUCCCUCCUCUCCCCCCUUCCCCCCGGCGCUCCCCCCUUCUGAGCGGAAGCUGCAUGACUGGCCUGCAGGCGCGCCACGCCGUGUACGGGGGAGUGCCGCGCCACCCCGUCGGCAUUGACGUCGGAGGGCGCUCGUCCGCCUCCUUCUCCCCCCUCCCGCCGCCCCACUCGCGCGGCCCCCCCGUUCCGCGCAACCACAGCGCGGACCGCCCCCCGCCGUCUCUCUUCGCGUCGCCGCACGCCACCCCUCCGCGCCCCCCGCAGAUCUCCAAGUCGCUCUCGCAAGGCGCCUCCUCAUCCGCGCUUCAGAAUACUCCCGCCUCCUCCUCUCCCCGCGCGUCCGCGGCCUCCUCUUCUCCGCGCACCUCCCAUUCCGCCGACCCCUCGUCCCUGUCCUUCCGCCCGCGCGCCCUCUCCGCCUCCUUUGCUGGGCGCGGCGGGGCGGGCGCACGGGCAACGCUGUUUGGGCACGAGAUGGCGGAGUGGGGGGACGAGGGCGCGGAGGAGGAAGAGCCCGCGGAGGCAGGCGCAGGGGCAUGGGCGGGAGAGGGAAAGGGCGGAGGGGCGGAGCCAGGGGAGGGCGGAUUCGGCAGCCAGGCGGACACGCCUUACCGCAGGGGCGGGGGGGAGGAGCUCAGUGGCGGAGGGGCGCAGGCAUGGGCGCAGGCUGGCGGGCGGGGGGAGGAGGGCAGUGGGGAGUGGGGGCAGGGCGAGGGGGACGAGGGGGGUGCGCCAGUGGCAACAGGCAGCAGCCCCCCCAACCCCUCCGCCGCGUUUGGCCGCCAGUCCACCCUCCCCCCCCGCCUGCCCCGCCACGCUAGCCCCCUCCAGACGCCCUCCCCGCGCUCUUCCGCCCGAGCAGGCGCGGCGAGGAGGAGGGCGCUGGGGUCUGGCAUGUGGGCGGGGGCAGGGGGGAGCGGGAGGUGGGCGCAGGGGGAGGGGAGCGGCGAGAGGGAAGGGGAGGAAAGGGGAGAGGAGGGAGAGGAGGCGGAAGAAGGGGAGGCGGUGGUGUGGCCGAAGGGGUGGGCGGAGAUAGAUGCAGCAUGGUCAGAGGGGGAUAUGGGCGGGAGCAUGGGCGGAAGUAUGGGGGGGGACAUGGACGGGGGAGUGGCAUGCACCCAGAGCAUGGAUGGCGGGCUUGGCAGCAGCAGGGGCGGGCGGCAGGGCAGCAGAGGGAGCAUGGAUGGGGAGGGGGGGAGGGGAGGCAGUGGGAGGAGACUGAGUAUGAGUGCGAGCAUGAACGCGAGCAUGGGCAUGGGGUUAGGGUUGGGCGGGUUCGGCAGCAGCAGUGGCAGCGGGGGGGGCGUGUCCCCACCACCAGCAUCGGCAUCAUCAGGCGCAUUGGCCCCCUCCAUGUCGCUGCGCCGCCUCUUCUCCCGCCACGCCUCGCCCGCUGCACAGCGCGAGGAGGGCAGCGCUGCACAGCUGGCCAGUGCGGGGUCGGGCAUGGGGGCGGGGCGAGGAGGGGGCGCGGGGGAGGGCGAGGGUGAGAGCAGCGAGGGCGAGGAGGGCAGCGCGGGCACCUUCACCCGCCAGUACACCGCCCCGCCCCGCUGCUCCGCUGCCUCCCAAGGCGACGGUGGCAGUGGGGAGGUUGAACCCCGGGGGAUGAGAGGGGCGGGGGGCGAUGCCUGCCACCAGCCUGCUCACCUGGACCGGCAGGGCAGCUUGCCUGCCACGUCAGCAGGCGAGGGUGACGAGCAGGCAAGGGAUGGGAGGGAGGGGAGGGAGGGGAGGGAUGGGGCUCGGGGUAGGGAGCGGCGCAACAUGAACAUGAACAUCAACAUUGGGUCGAAGCUCAAGUCGCUGUGGGAGGCCAAGCGGGGUGCCUCCCCGCGCAGCAGCAUGAGCAACAGCGGCGGCAGUGGGCCUCCCAUGCAGCGCAGCAGCACGGACUCGCGGCGCUCCCCCACGGGCGGGAUGGGGCGAGGGGGCAUGCAGGCGGGCGACGAGGGCGCCACGGAGGGCAAUGAGGCAGCGGGGCUGUUCCGAUCGCACACGAGUGGACGCAUGGGCAGUGGCACAGGCGGGAGUCCAGAGGGAGGCACAUGCGAUGAUGAGAGUGGCAGCGGCAGCGGCAGCGGCAGCGGCAGCGGCAGCGGCAGCGGCAGCGGCAGCGGCAGGCCAGCAGUGCGGCAUGCGUCCAUGGCUUUCCACUUCUCGCCCGCCGUGCUGCCCCCCUCCUCUCGCUCGCCCCGCUCCUCCUUCCACCGCUCGCUCUCCGUGCCUCGCCGCCUGGCUGGAGCUGCAGCCGGCGCAGGAGGGGAAAACGGGGCAGGAUGUAAUGGCGCCGAGGGGGACGAGAGCGAAGAGGGGGUGUUGCAGGGAGAGGACGUGCAGGCAGAUACAGCAGCAGGUGCGCCGCUCUCCCCGUCACCACUGUCCCCCUCGCCACUCUCCCGUUCGCCGCUCUCCCCUGCAGUGUCCAGCAGUCGCCACAUAGCACGCAGCUUUCAGAGUGAGAGGGAAGUGAGAGGCGGGGCCGGCAUGGUGGGCACUCUCGCCACUGGCAGCGCUCCAGGUCCAGGGUCACCCAUGCGGGGGGCAGCAGCCACGCAGGCUGCAGCACGCAUGGCAUCGGUGGCACGCGAUGCAGCGACAGUUGGGAAUGCAGGGGCGGAGGAGGCGAGGGGCAGUGGCAGGGCGGAGGGCGGAGCAGCAGAGGCGCGUGAGGAGUCGGAGAGAGGGGAGGGCAUUGCAGCAGGAGAGGCAGAUGGCAGCCGAUUGGGCAGGGAGAGUGCAGCGAACGGAGAGAGCAGGGGGGCGGAUGGUGGAGCGACGGCGGAGGAGGAGGAGGGGCCAGCGAAGGUGAAGGUGACGCGGCGGCAGUACAUGGAGAUGAAACGCGCUGCAGAGGCCGCUGCUGCCGCUGCAACAGCAGGAGGCAGCAAUGGCGCCCCUCCUCCAGCAGCCGUGCCCACCAUUCCCGCCACCCCGCGGUCGCGCUUCGCUGACGCCCUGCAGAGCCCGCGCCUGCUGCCUGAGUGGCACGGCGGGCGCGGCAUGGGCGCGGGCAGAGGGGCCGGCAGCGUGCUGGAGAGACGCAAGUUGGGGCUGCGAGGCAAGGCGGCGAGAGAUGCCGCCACUGCUGCUGCUGAAAGGGCUUCUAGUGAAGGCGGUGCUGUGGGUAGUAGCGUGCAGGGUGGAGGGGAGGGCAGCCGAGGUGGAGAUGUGGAGGGUAGUGGUGCUGUGAGGCAGGCAGGGAGCGUGGGAGACGCAGGGACACAAGGCGAGGUGGGAGGAGUUGAGGAGGGCGAGGGGGAGGUGGUGAAAGAGGCCAGGGAGGACAGUGGAGCAGUGAGUGCUGACUUGCCAUGCCUGCCGCCUCCUGACGCCCCUCAAGUCGUGCAGUGCCCACUCUGCGCGCAAGCCCUCGCCGUGCCGCCCAUGCCGCGGCGGCGCAAGCAGGGAGGCACGCAGAAGCUGCGGUGCGGCGGCUGCCAGCAGAUCUCCACCUUCGCCGCCCCGCCCCUCCCCGCGCACUCCCAACCCUACCAGCCGCCCUUCGCCCCCGCCCACCCCCCCUCCUCACCAUCAGCGUCCCUCAGCCCAUCCCCCAGGCAUCCCCUCGCCUCCCCCUACCGCUCCCUCUCCUCCCCCCUCGCGCGCCUCCCCCCCGCCAUCCCCUCCAGUCCCCGUGGUUCCCCCAGUUCCCCCGGCGCCACGCCCAGGGCGGCCCCCCAGUCCCCCCAGGGUGUUCCAAGAAGCACGAGCCAGGAGAGUGGGUCGAGGGGGGCGGGGGGUGGCUGGCAUGGGCGCGGGCAGGGCGUGGGGAGCAGGCGGGGCGAUGUGACACGAGACCUGUCGCCCCUCAGCGUGCCCUCGCCCCGCCUCGCCCGCGCUCGAGCCAACCCCGCCCCCUCGCCCCUCAAGGCGCACUCAGGUGCGCGUGGGGCAGGCAGGGCGGUGAAUGGCGUGGUGGGGGCGGGGGGAGGAGAGGGGCGGCUGCGGGGAGGUAUGAGCAGCGGUGGGCAGGAGGGAGACGGAGAGGAGGGGGAUGGGGCUGAGGAUGUGGGGGGGCGUGUGAGUGGCAGGGGGGACGAGGGCGAGUGGGGUGGGGGGGCAGAGUGUGGGGAAGAAGGGUGGGAGGGGCAGGAGACAGAGGGGGAGGGGUGGGUGGGGGAAAGCAUGGGGAGCGAAUGGAGUGGGGGGGCGAGCACGGAGUGGAGUGGGGGAGGGGGCAGCGUGCAGUGGAGUGGUGACAGCGCCAGCGAGUGGACGGGGGAGCGCGGCGGGGCGAGGGAGGGCGAGACGUAUGAGCGGCGAGUGGUGGUGAACGGGGCUGCCAUCAGCGAUGCGGAUGUGCAGCAGGCCGAGCUGCUCGCCGGACCCAUCGACCCCGGCCACUACUGGUGCCCCCCUCCUCUCCCCUCCUCCUCUCUCCCACACCUCCUUCUCCUCCACCUUCCCAAACCUCCUCGAACCUUGCUCUCUCUCACUCCCUUUACCUUGUUCCAUCGUCCCACCCCCUCCUCCGUCUUCCCACCUCCUCUCCCUCUCGCUCUCCCGCAUUCCCUUGUGACACACAAGUCCGUGUGUCCCAGCCGUGCUUGCUCGCUCAGCUUGCCCCACUGUCCCGCGCUGCGCCCCUACACCCCUCCGCAGGUACGACAUGCGAGCUGGCUUCUGGGGAGUCAUGGGUGGACCCAGCCUCGGUAUUCUGCCUGUGAGUUCCGCCUUGCACCUCCCUGCACCCCUCUGCACCUCCCUGCACCUCCCUGCAUCUCCCUGCACCUCUUCACACGUCUGCGCCUCCCUGCACCUCCUCACACCUCUGCACCUCCUUGCACCUCCUCACACCUCUGCACCUACUUGCACCUCCUCACACCUCUGCACCUCCUUGCACCUCCUCACACCUCUGCACCUCCCAGCACCUCUUCACGCCUCUGCACCUCCCUGCCCUGCACCUCCCUGCAUCUCUCUGCACCUCCCUUCACCUCCCUGCACCUCCUCACACCUCUGCACCUCCCAGCACCUCCUCACACCUCUGCACCUCCCUGCACCUCCUCACACCUCUGCACCUCCCAGCACCUCUUCACGCCUCUGCACCUCCCUGCUCUCCUGCAUCAUUCAUGCACUACACAAGUUAGUUCUAUUCAUUCACACCUUCACACACUCGUCCUUGCUGGUCCCACCGCACGUGCCACCUCCCCUUCCAACCCUUCAACUCGGAUCUUUCCUUCCCUCCCCCCUUCUUCACCACCUGGUCUCCCCCUUCCCUUUCUCACCCCCUUUCCCCCAUUCACCCCGCCAAUCCCAUCUGCCCCUACACCCCCACCCCUCCGCCCCCAGGCGAACAUACCGCAGCUGAGGGAGCCAAUGAGGCGGGACUGUGCGGGGGGGCGCACGCGGGUGCUGGUGAACGGGCGCGAGCUGUGCCAGCGGGACCUGGCGCCGCUCACACGGCGGGGCAUGCCGGGGGCAGCGCAGCGGCAGUACACUCUGGACGCGUCGGGGCACCUGCGCGAUGCCGCCUCCUCCGCCCUCGUCUCCCACCUCGGCCACCUCGCCCCCUCGUAUGCCUCUUCCUGCUGCCUCCUAUGCCCCUGCCUGCUCUGGCCUAUUCCCCUGCCUGCUCUGUCCUAUUCCCCUGCCUGCUCUGGCCUAUUCCCCUGCCUGCUCUGUCCUAUUCCCCUGCCUGCUCUGGCCUAUUCCCCUGCCUGCUCUGGCCUAUUCCCCUGCCUGCUCUGGCCUAUUCCCCUGCCUGCUCUGGCCUAUUCCCCUGCCUGCUCUGGCCUAUUCCCCUGCCUGCUCUGGCCUAUUCCCCUGCCUGCUCUGUCCUAUUCCCCUGCCUGCUCUGGCCUAUUCCCCUGCCUGCUCUGUCCUAUUCCCCUGCCUGCUCUGGCCUAUUCCCCUGCCUGCUCUGGCCUAUUCCCCUGCCUGCUCUGGCCUAUUCCCCUGCCUGCUCUGUCCUAUUCCCCUGCCUGCUCUGGCCUAUUCCCGUGCCUGCUCUGGCCUAUUCCCCUGCCUGCUCUGGCCUAUUCCCCUGCCUGCUCUGGCCUAUUCCCCUGCCUGCUCUGUCCUAUUCCCCUGCCUGCUCUGGCCUAUUCCCCUGCCUGCUCUGUCCUAUUCCCCUGCCUGCUCUGGCCUAUUCCCCUGCCUGCUCUGGCCUAUUCCCCUGCCUGCUCUGUCCUAUUCCCCUGCCUGCUCUGUCCUAUUCCCCUGCCUGCUCUGUCCUAUUCCCGUGCCUGCUCUGUCCUAUUCCCGUGCCUGCUCUGUCCUAUUCCCGUGCCUGCUCUGCCCUAUUUCCGUGCCUGCUCUGUCCCAUGCCUCCCUCCUUGCUCCCUCGUAUGGCCACCUCGUAUAAACGUGUCGAGGCCAACCAACUAG